UAAAUAAUAAAAAUAUAAAUAAAAUUGAAGGUUAGGUGAAAUGUCAGUCAACCACUUCCCUUUAAAAACACGGACCAAUGAAAACUUCUUCAGGUAAGGCAUGCGCAAUUAAGUGACUAUCCGGGUGAAAUAGACUUAUGCAGAAUUCCAUAUUUCUCUUUCACUGUUUGGGCUUCACUUUUUAGAGAUUAGGCUGAGUAUAUAAAGUUAUAUGUAUAUGAUUUCCUUAUGUCUAUUGACAAGUGACAAUAGAUAGGUACGCUUUAAGAACAAUCCCACCAAGCAAAAAACCUCAUAUUACAUUUACAAUAUUUCAGUCAAUAUUUUUAUAAUAUGUCUAAUUAAAUUUGGCCGAAAGGAAUUUUGCUGGAUUUGCUGGAAGUUGUUCUAAAAAAGGACUGUCCUUUUCAAAAAAGGGUUAGCUGGCUUGGAAAUGAACAUCGAUGAUAUUCUCCAUAUAAUUUUACAAUAAAAUGACGGCGAUUUUUAUUUCAUAGCCAUCGCUGACGCCUUUUUUUCUAUAGUACAAUAUUGGGUUGUCAAGAUACUAUAUUCACUCUAUUUUCUCUUACUUUCUGACUUUCCCCCAUAGACCUAAGCGCAAACAUGGCGGCGCGGCGCGGUGCUCAAGAUAAGAAUUUCUCCGCACGUUGAUGCUCAUUCUUAAUGCCUCUAUAUCUCUGAGAUAACCUCUUUAAAUUUAUUUAACCUCAAUUUAUUUUUGUGUUGUACUUUGAUUUUUUUUAUAAAUAAUAUUAUAUACCUAUAAAUACGGUAUUAUAAUGUUCUUAUGACAAAUUUUGUGAGCCAAUUUUGACCUGAUUCUUUUGUUUACAACUUUCAAACAUGCCUUCUGAUGAGCAAAAACGAAUUAUAUUGCAAGAUAUUAAUUGUAAAUACGGCGAUAGCUUAUUAAAUUUAUCUAAAUGCACCGAAAUUUACCAAAACCUUUUGGACAGAAAGAGAGAGAUACUUCGAGAGCUGGACCUAGAAAAUACAGAAGGUAUUGUUGGUGCUUCUAUUAAUGAUGGGGAAAAUGCCAUUGGGCAGUCUAGACUAGCAGUAGACAAUUCUAGAGAAAUAACUGAUAAUGUUGAAAAAGAUUUAAAUGAAUUUGAAGACAUACGGAAUACAUUAAAGAAUAAAUUCGAUAAACUCUAUGCUUUACAAACUACUUUGCAGUACAUGAGAGUUGUACAGCAAAUUGAACAUUUAUGUAAUGAAUUACAGCGAGAAUUGGAUAGAAAAGAUGAUGAAAAAUGUACUACGCAUUUUGCCAAUUUAACAGAAAUCAACAGGAUACUUGCAGAUUGCCCUGUAGAACAUUUAAAAUGGUAUCUUAAGGAAUCUAUGUUACACUGGCAUGAAAUUUUAAAGGAAAAAUUAUCAAAAGAUCUUGAGGAGGUAUUGAGACAAAUAAAGUGGCCUUUUGUCAGCACAAAUUUUAAUUUAGUAUUGCCUAUGGAUAGUAAUAUUAGUAGGCUUAAAACUAUAGCAGAAUAUUUGCUGCAAAUUGAACUUCCAACAGAAAGUAAUGUUCAAAAGGAAGUUCCUUCAGGAGUUUUAAGUUAUUUUACACCUCCAUGUUUACCUGUCCAUUUUCUUCUUCAACCUCUGAAAAGAAGGUUUAUAUAUCAUUUUUAUGGAAACAGAAAGACCAACAGACCUGACAAGCCAGAAUGGUAUUUCACUCAAAUUCUUACAUGGGUGAGGGAUCAUAAAAAGUAUGUUGAGGAAUGGAUUCAGCCAGUAGUGGUUGAAAAAUUUGGUUUGCACCACAUAGAUGCCCAGGUUGAGUUUAUAAGAGGUCUUGUGCACUUAGGAGCGGAAAAAUUGAAUUCCGAAUUGCCUUCACUACAAUUCGAUGACUAUACCUUUUCUCACUCCAUUGAUGAAGCUUUGGGUUUUGACAAAGAGUUAAGGGAAGUCUACGGUUAUCCAUCAAACCAGCCCAGUAUUAUAGUGGUUUUAACACAGGCUCCAAUUUUGGUAAAAUGGUUGAUAAUGGAGAAAAAAUAUGCUGUUGAAAAAAUGGAUGCUAUUCUAUCGCAGAAUUCAACAGAGGCAUUUGGACUAUUAACAUCCGAUGUUGAAGAUUUGAAAAUCACAAUGUGCGCUGAUGCAUUUAUUACUUUGCUUCAAACAAUAACUGAAAGGUAUGAAUGUCUUCCUCAGCCUGGUCAUAGAUUACAAUUUUUAGAGCUACAGCUUGAAUUAUUAGAUGAUUUUAGAGUUAGAUUAUUACAACUUGUAAAUGCCGAAGAAGGCGAUAUAAUUGAUUCAAAAGUACCGAUGAUAGCAAAUACUUUGUAUUAUAUAGAGAAUGUUUUAGUUGAUUGGGGUACAAUGUUGCAUUUUUUGAAUCUGUAUUAUUACAAAAACCAACUCGAAGAGUCUAAGAAACUGCAUACAUCACCUUCGAUGAACGACUUUGAUGACGAGUCCACUCUCGAUUUGGAAUCCGAGUCGAUUUUUGCAGAAACUCUGUCCUUGUACAGGCACUUUAGAAGGGACUUGUUAUGCGGGUUAUCGGAGAAAGUAAUAAGUGAAAUAAAAAAGUGUAGCUGGAACUAUCGACGAGAAAGGUGGUCAUCAAUGAAAGUACUGAAAGAAUUUAGAAGUCUAUCGUUAACGCCUUCGGCGUGUCCACUGUUUGACGUUUUAGCUAAAAGGUUGCAUCAGUUGGAGAAAAAAUUGCAAAGUCGAUUAUUUACCAUAGUGUGGAGAAAUAUAGCGACACAAUUGGAUACCUACUUGUUUGAAGAUUUGGUUAUGGAUAACCGUUUCAAUGAUGGAGGUGCCCUACAACUAAAAUUUGACGUUACUCGAAAUUUGCUGCCUUUAUUUUCGCAAUACACUGAUACUCCUGCCAACUAUUUUACACAACUAAUAGAGUCAUGCAACUUGCUCAACCUGACCAAAGGUUCAGCAUUGUUGCUAAGAGAGACUAUUUUGGCACUCGAAGGCGCCACAGGGGUUGAAGAUACCAGGCCAAAAACGUUGAAAGAGAUUGGUGUUAGUAACUUUGGCCCGAAAAUGGCCGUGAAAAUAUUGAACCAGAGAACAGACAUUACAGUGAAUAGGCUAGACGUGGAUUGAGGUUUUAUUUUUUUGUUUACCGUACUAUCAACAAAAAAACGCCGGCUGGGUAGCUUUUGAAAUUCUGCAUUGUCGUAAUUUCACAUAUUUUACGUACGAUAAUUUGUGAUGUUUUUUAGAUUUAUAUUUCAGAUUUUUUUACCAGUCCGUACUUGAAAAACUAAAACUUUAUUCAUAAAAGGGGUAUUCAUUUUCUAUGUUCAAGUGAAAAAAUGAAGCAUUUGAAAAUAUUAGAGAUAUACAUAUAUUUGUUAUAUUAUGUUCUAAUAUAUUUAUUUAUUUAUUUUUAUACAUUAAAACUAUCUUAGGACAAGGAUUAACUUUACAUAAAGUAAUAAUCAUUAUAGCUUUUAAAAAUUACUGUAAAAAGGUGAUAAUUUUUGUUUUGUAUAGGUGCUUGUUAUAAUUUAUUGGAUAUUGUUGGUGAAUUUUUUAAGUAUACCAAAUAAAAGUAUUUUUACAGA